ACAGCCCUUCAGCAGUGUGGGCGGCGGUUCCUGGGACCUGAUUAAGGAGUCAAAUUGCCUCAACUUUUCAGGUCGGCUAGUCUGUUGUUGUUGGCGCUGCACAGCACUGGAAAAAAGGUCGGGAAGGAACUGACCAGAUCUGCACAAGAAAAAUAAGAAGUUAAAAAGGAAAGAGGGGAAGAAAACAAAGAGUGGGAAAAGGAAGAAUAAACACAAGAUGAAACCCUGUCAGAUUAUUGAAGAGAAACCAGAAAAUGAGAGUGAACCAAAGCUUGAAGAAGCGCCAAAGCCUGAGGAAAAUCCAGAGGAGGAGAAAGAACCAGAGGAAGAAAAUGCAGAGGAAACUUUUAGAGAAAGGCUGAUUCAGUCUCUCCAGGAAUUUAAAGAAGAUAUACACAACAGGCAUCUUAACAGUGAAGAUAUGUACAGGGAAGUGAAUGAGUUAGAUGAGAUAAGGAGAGUAAGAAACAAACUUAUAGUGAUGCGUUGGAAAGUUAAUCGAAACCACCCUUAUCUCUACUUAAUGUAACAAACUCAUUUUUCUUAUAUUAACAUUGCCAUUUUGCUUUUUUUGAUUUUUAGUUUCCCGAUAUACUUUGUUCAUUUUCUACUUUCAACUUGUUGCUAAUAGUAGCUUUAGUGCUUUGCUUGUUCAUUGUAUUUUGAGCCAAUCUGUAAGUCUCUGUCUUUUUAAUAGGAGAGCUUAUUUGUACAAAAGAGGUUCCUGAUAGGAUAUAACAUGAAAAAGGUUACUAAGUAGUAUGUGAAUUUCAUAUUUUUGAAAAGGAAGAGUACAUAUAUAUUUUACAUAUGUGCACAGAAAAAAGUGAAGUUUGGAGGACAGUUAGUUAAUUGUGUAGGGCUAUGAGUGAUUUUU